GUGAGCAGCAGACGCCACCUCCCUCCCCCAGGCCCCCGGCGACCGAGGGACCCGGAACCUGCUACUGCUGGGACCCUGGUCAUCCUCUGAGCUUCCCAGGCCUCGCUUGUUUCCUGCUGUAGAAGAGGUGCUAGGUGAGGGAGCAGAUGGAGCCGGAGUCCCUGUAUAACCUGCUGCAGCUCCCAAGGGAGGUGACCCUGCCUGCAGAGGAGGCGCUCCCAGGAGGAGGAAAGAGGAAAUACCUGCCACCCACCUCACGGAAGGACCCCAAAUUCGAACAACUACAAAAGCCCCAUAGCGCUGUAGAAGUACCAGAGGUCUUAGGGACUCAGAACAGGUACCUAAAUGGCCUGGGAGACCAGGGAGGGCUUCCUGGAAGAGGUGCAACUCGACCAGACCUUGAAGGGGUGCUGAUGGAGUGGAUCAAUGCCACACUCCACCAAGAGCACAUCGUGGUCCGGAGCCUGGAGGAGGACAUGUUCGAUGGGCUCAUCCUGCACCACCUGUUCCAAAAGCUGGCGGCACUGAAACUUGAGGUGGAGGAGAUUGCCCUGACUACUGCCAGCCAGAGGCGCAAGCUGGGGGUCGUCCUGGAGGCUGCCAACCGGAGUCUGCAGGUGGAGGAGCCACAGGCCAAAUGGAGCGUGGAAACCAUCUUCAACAAGGACCUGCUGGCUACCUUGCACCUCCUCGUGGCCCUGGCCAGGCACUUCCAGCCCGACGUGCCCCUCCCGGCCGGUGUCCAGGUGGAAGUCAUCCACAUCGAGAGCACCAGGACAGGCCUGAGGUCAGAGAAGGUGGUGGAACAGCUGACCGAAUGCAGCAGCACCCAGGACCAGCCUCCGCAGGACGUCUUUGAUGAAUUAUUUACGCUGGCUCCGGAGAAGGUGCACACCGUGAAAGAGGCCAUCAUGAGCUUCGUCAACCAGAAACUAGAGCGUCUGGGCCUGUCUGUGCAGAAUCUGGACACCCAGUUUGCAGACGGAGUCAUCUUGCUGCUGCUGACGGGACAGCUGCGGGGCUUCUUCCUGCACCUGAAGGCGUUCUUCCUCACCCCCAGCUCUCCAGAGGAAAUGCUGCACAAUGUCACCUUGGCCCUGGAGCUGCUGAAGGAUGAAGGCCUGCUCAGCCAUCCCGUCAGCCCUGAAGACAUCGUGAACAAGGAUGCCAAAAGCACGCUGCGGGUACUCUACAGCCUGUUCCGCAAGCACGCGGGGGACGGCAGACCCCAUGAACCCCCAAAUUAGGAGCUUCUUGCCUCCUGUGCCCCUGGCCUUCCCACCUCAACCCCUUUCCCAGAGGUUUGUGACGCACCUUGCCCCCACAUUACUCCUGUGUCCGUCCUUAGGUGCCUUUGACCUCACAAGAUGGAGAGCUGUUUCGAGCAAAA